CUUCUUACUCCACUUCAGGUAGCUACACAACACUGCUUAGUUUGGACAUCGACAGAAGCUAUUACAACCCAAGCAUGGCUGGCAAACUCAAUUUCUACACAAAUGAUGAGGUCAAGAUUGUGAUGGUGGGGAAGAGUGGAAAUGGAAAGAGUGCUACUGGAAACACCAUUCUGGGUUGUGAGUGCUUUGUAUCCAAGUUCAGUGCCAUGUCUAUUACUGUCGGAUCUUCCAAAAAGAAAGCUACAGUGAAUGGACAUUGUGUUGCUGUCAUUGACACCCCAGGCCUGUUUGAUACCAGGGUUGAUGAAGAGGAAACUCAGAAAAAUAUAUGCCAGUGCAUCUCCUAUGCUUCUCCAGGACCCCAUAUCUUCUUGGUGGUCGUCAGACUGGGCAGAUUCACUGACGAGGAAAAACAGACGGUGCAAAAGAUUCAAAAAAUCUUUGGCACUGAUGCAGAUAAAUACAGCAUGGUUCUAUUUACCCAUGGGGACCUACUUGAAGGAACCAUUGAAAAGUUCUUGGAAGAAAGCCCAGACCUGCAGGAACUCGUGGCCAGAUGUAACGGUCAGUACCACGUCUUCAACAAUAAACUGAAGGAGCGCUCUCAGGUCACUGAGCUGCUCCAGAAGAUCAGAGAGAUAGUCCAGAAGAACGGAGGAAGCCACUACACCAACGAGAUGUUCGAAGAGGCUGAGAGGGCGAUUGAAGAGGAGAAACAACGCAUCCUGAGAGAAAAAGAAGAAGAAAUGCGGAAAGAAAAAGAGAAAAUGGAGAGAGAAAUACAGGAAAGAUAUGAGAAAGAGAUGCAGAAAUACAAAAAGAAACUCCAGGCAGAGUGGGAGAGAGAGAAAAAAAAGAGAGAACAGGAGAUGAAGAAAUUAAAAGAGAAGUGUGAGAGAGAAGUGAAGGAAGAAAUACACAAGAUUCAGUCCAGAUAUAAAAGUAAAGCCAGAGAUGAAGCUGAAGAGUUUAAUCCAUUAUUUUUUGUGACAGUACCUCUUGAAACCACAGUUAAUGUUGCCCAUGCAUUGGUUGGAGGAGUUAAAAAACUUGGAACUGGCAUUGGGAAGAUUUUAAAAUUGCCUUUUAACUUGUGAUUCAUGCAUUGAAUGACUGUCAGGUUAGUCUUGAUCUUUUCAAAUAGUACAGCAUGACGGCCCCUCUGUAUCAUUGUACCAUUGUUUUCAACAUUUUUUUUUACCAUGUUACCACUUCCUACCUUCCUGAUCUCACAGAUAGGAACGAGUUCAACAAGUUGUAAUAUUUGGGGGAUUUUAUUUGAGGUUAUUGUAAAAUUUGUCAAUUUGCAUUCCGAAUAUUUGAAGGUUUUUCUUUUUUUUCAUGUAUAGCUAGCUUU